UCAACUGUCAAAAAAUUGCCAAGCGAAAGCGAGCGAGCGGCAGUAAUUUUCUUGCAUUCUUUAUCUUUUGUGUUAAUUUUCCAAUAAUUGAAUUGAAUUUGUUUUUCAUGAUUAAAUAGUAAUUUUGAAUUUUCAUUACAAUAAUAUUUGUAAGGGUUUAGAUCAAAAUGGAGGUGCUAGUUGCGAACGUGGACCACAUCAAGUUUGAUAUCGACUACGCUUUGGAAGAACAGUAUGGGGCGCUUCCACUGCCGUUCCCUGGAAUGGACAAAUCAACAGCAGCAGUAUGCGAGUUCUUCAGUCAGCCGGGCGGCUGCGGCAACGGACCGCAGUGCCCGUACCGGCACGUGCGCGGUGAUCGGACCGUGGUGUGCAAGCACUGGCUGCGAGGCCUCUGCAAGAAGGGCGACCAGUGCGAGUUCCUUCACGAGUAUGACAUGUCCAAGAUGCCCGAGUGCUACUUCUACGCCAGAUUCAACGCGUGCCACAAUAAAGAGUGCCCGUUUCUUCACAUAGACCCUGAGAGCAAAAUCAAAGACUGUCCUUGGUAUGACCGAGGUUUCUGCAGACACGGUCCUCACUGUCGCCACCGGCACGUGCGCCGUGUGCUGUGCAUGAACUACCUGGCCGGCUUCUGUCCGGACGGCCGCAACUGUAAAUUCAUGCAUCCACGCUUCGAGCUGCCUGCUCCGCCAGAGCAGACCAAGGACACCAAGAGACUGCCCGUUUGUCACUACUGCUCAGAAGUUGGACACAAAGCGUCCACUUGCAACAAAAUACCCAUAGAGCAAAGAGAAGCAGCGCAAAGACAAGAAGAGGCUAGAUACCGUGCGCUUGGCUAUGUUAAGCCAGUCGGUGACAACGAAGACAUGAAUGCUCAAAGAUUGCAGCGCUCAAUGCAUAAACCACUUGAAGAGGUGACAUGUUUCAAGUGCGGCACCAAAGGUCACUAUGCGAACAAGUGUCCUAAAGGCCACCUGGCCUUCCUGUCAAGCCAAAACCAAAAUAACCAAGGGCCAGUUUUCAAAAAACCUAACUAGUAUAAGUAUGUGAAGCCUUCAUAAUACAGGCUUCGUCGUGGACCAAACUAAAGUGUAUUAAGUGGAGUCAGUGACUAAAAUAAAGACAAAGUUAAUUUUAUGUUUGUUUAGGUAAUUUUAAGUAUUAUAAUGGGAUAAGAAAGAAGACUUCUGUUAUAUUUUCUAUUAUACAAAAAUGAAAUACAAUUUGUAAUUACUAAUUAGAUGCUUAGAUAGGUACUCAGUUUUAUUAUCUAUCUGGUAUAUAAUUAAAAGGAGACAGUUUCAUGUGUGGAAUGACUAAAUUGAAGGUGAUGUAGAUAAGUUAUAUUUCAUUUUAGUGUUGAUAUUUGCAAUACAUAUUUGAUUCCAUCUAAUGCUGUACUCAUCAAUCUUAAUUGAAAUGUUUUGUUAUAUAAAUGUAUUCUCAAAAGUUUUCAGAGUAAGUCUAGACAGUACUUUGUUAACAUACAUAAUAUAAAAAAUUAUUUAACUUGCUCUGCACUAUUUACAUGAUGUGGCGUUGUAAUAUUUGUAGAUUUUGUAAUAAAAAUAAGGCUUUGUUCUGUAACAACUUACUCUUACUGUUUUUAGAUGAAUCAAGUCUAUUUAUACAUAAAUACCUAGAAAGUUUUCUAAA